UGGUGUUUGAUAACCAAAACCCAAUUAAUUAUUCCCAAAUCCAAUUUCAGCGUUGCAUAAUGGGCCUGUUCACGCCGUCGCCGACCAUCAACUACAACUUCGUCGCGGGUGUAUACGCCUUCUUCACGGCGCUGUGCGCAGUGUUGUCGGUGUUACACUUCUACACACCGCAACUGGAGGGUUUCUACAUCGUACUAGUGCCGUUCGUGCCCUGCUUCUUCUGGAGUUUCGUGGUGCGCCACAGCUGGCUGAAGCAACCAAAGACGACCGAAGAGGAAGCCAACGAAGCAAAGAAGGACCAAUAACCGCCCGCAGUGGACGCUCAAUGCAGAAAGGAGAACGAAAGCGAAGGUACCGAGGCGAUUCGAGACGAGUGAAAGCAGGACAGACAAAUUCAGGUUAAAUCAUAGAUAUACUGUUGACCCCUCUAAGGAGCCGUUCAUUGGGUGAAAAGCGGUGAUCAUGCAGCAGCAGCCUU